AUAAUAUUUUUUUUUAUGAAUUUGAGGUUUCUGAUUUCUGAUUUUUCUCAAUAAAGGCAACACCAUUUCCUUCAUCACUACUCAAUAAUUAGUUUUAGAUUCACAUUCUUCUCUUUAUUUCUUUGGUUUUCACAUUUUAGUUUACCUUAGCAUUGAUUCUCUCUUAUUCUGUUGUGUGAGUUUGAACAAACUCAGAAAAAGCUUAGUUUUUUGAGGUUACUACAAUGGCUUCUGGUUGUGUGAGCUUGAAAACCAACACCCAUUUUCUAAAUUCUAAAAAAGGUUCUUUUUUUGGAGAAAGAGUCAAUGGAAGCUUGAAAAACAGUUCAUGGGUCAUAGCACAGAAGAAGAUCAAACCUGCUGCUUUUUCUGCUAUUCUUACUUCAGAUGACCCCAAAGGUUCCCUGUUUCAGAAUUUGCAAGUGCCUUCAUUUCUGAGACUAAGGGCUGAUCCAAAGAAUGUGAUUUCCAUUGUGUUGGGAGGAGGGCCUGGAACACAUCUCUAUCCCCUUACCAAACGAGCUGCAACACCUGCGGUUCCUGUUGGAGGAUGCUAUAGGCUUAUAGAUAUUCCAAUGAGUAACUGCAUCAAUAGUGGGAUCAACAAGAUAUUUGUGCUGACUCAGUUCAACUCUGCUUCGUUAAAUCGUCACAUCGCUCGAACCUAUUUCGGAAAUGGUGUCAACUUUGGUGAUGGAUUUGUGGAGGUUCUGGCGGCGACACAAACACCAGGAGAAGCUGGAAAGAAGUGGUUUCAAGGAACUGCGGAUGCUGUGAGACAAUUUACCUGGAUAUUUGAGGAUGCCAAGAAUAUAAACGUCGAGAAUGUAUUGAUCUUGGCGGGAGAUCAUUUAUACCGAAUGGAUUACAUGGACCUUUUGCAGAGUCACGUUGAUAGAAAUGCCGAUAUUACAGUUUCAUGUGCCGCUGUUGGUGACAACCGUGCAUCGGAUUAUGGAUUGGUCAAGGUAGACGACAGAGGCAACAUCAUCCAAUUUUCAGAAAAACCGAAAGGCCCUGAUCUGAAAGCAAUGCAAGUUGAUACUUCUCGUCUUGGCUUGUCACCACAAGAUGCAUCGAAGUCACCAUAUAUUGCCUCUAUGGGAGUUUAUGUAUUCAAGAAAGAUGUUUUACUCAAGCUUCUGAAAUGGAGGUAUCCUACAGCUAAUGACUUCGGUUCUGAAAUCAUUCCUUCAGCUAUAAAAGAACACAAUGUCCAAGCAUAUUAUUUCGGAGACUAUUGGGAAGAUAUUGGAACGAUAAAAUCCUUCUAUGAUGCUAACCUCGCUCUUACUGAAGAGAGUCCAAAGUUUGAGUUUUAUGAUCCAAAGACACCGAUUUUCACAUCUCCAGGAUUCCUACCACCAACAAAGUUUGACAACUCUCGAGUUGUGGAUGCCAUUAUCUCCCAUGGAUGUUUCCUGAGAGAUUGUACAAUCCAACACUCCAUUGUCGGUGAAAGAUCGCGUUUAGAUUAUGGCGUUGAGCUUCAGGACACUGUAAUGAUGGGAGCGGACUAUUACCAAACUGAAUCCGAAAUCGCUUCUCUACUUGCAGAAGGGAAGGUCCCGAUUGGCAUCGGAAGGAAUACCAAAAUCAAGAACUGCAUUAUUGACAAAAAUGCAAAGAUCGGGAAAGAUGUCGUCAUCGCAAACAAAGACGGCGUUCAAGAAGCGGAUAGAUCGGAAGAUGGUUUCUACAUCCGAUCAGGAAUCACCAUCAUAAUGGAGAAAGCGACGAUAGAAGACGGAACUGUCAUAUAAACAAUGGUUAGUAGUUAUUUCACGAGCUGGUUUCGAUAAAGCGCCGGAAGAAGCAUUGCAAGGAACAUUUCAUCCCAUGUUUUGGGAUCGGUACGAAAUGCUAUGUUGAAUAGAGAAAGCUGCAUGUGUAAAAUAGGAGCUCUCCCACUAGAUGUAGAAAUAGAAAUGAAUAAAUGAUGAAAGUGAAGAUGCAGAAAAGUAAAAUAAAUUGAAGGGUUGAGUUUGUGAGCUAUCAAGUUUCCAUAUUCUCUCCUUUGCAACUGUAAAAGACACCUUUUAAAUUAGUGUAUCAGUAAAUUAUUAUUUUGAA